CUGCUAUCAUAGAGCUGUCGCUCAUCCAGGCCGGUAGAGGGCGCUACGUGUUUAUAAUGCUACCGGAAGUCCUCCCACCACCAAAGAAGAAGAAGUUGCGCGGUCUGAUUUUGAAUCCACCGGAAGAAGCUGAGGCUCCACAAUGGCUCAGAGUCAUAAAUUCCAGGACUUGGAGGAGAGCGGAGAGGUGUUGGUGGCCUUCAUCAACAGCAGCCAACCUGAGAAACUGAGACAGAUUAAAGACGAGCACCAGGCUCUGUAUGACAAACACAUAGAGACCAAAAACAUCAUAACACAGAUUAUAAAAGAUUUGUCUCAGAUCGAGGAGAGUGUCGGCCAGAGGCUGCUGGACAUGGAGGAGGAGAAGAAGCACAGAGUGAUGGAGCUGGACGGCCUGGAGGAGCAGCUGAGGCAGUGCACGGCAAAGAGUCAGAUCACUGAUUCGGAGUUACAAUUCCUGCAGAGAGAGUUAGAGACUCUGAGAAACGAUGAACACGAGCUCCAGAUGCUGCAGAACGAAGUGGAUGAAGACACCACCGAGGUCAUCCCCUCAGCUGUGUACGUGGCUCAGGUGUACUACCUGAUUUCAAAGAUCAAGUGGGAAUACAACACGCAGCCAAACAUCUUAAAAGGAGUUCAUUACGGCGCAGACUUGGCCACGCCCAUCAACAUCGACACGAGCGUACGAUCUCGGAGCGACGUCAGCGACCAGCUGUGGGACUUCGUCAGCACAGAGUGGUAGCUGAUAGAAGGUGUUGUUUGUGUUGUUGGAGGAGCUGUGUAUUAUAUCAUUGUUUGUGAACAUGUUUGUUUUCUUGUUUUCUAAAACGCUUCAGAUUUAAGAAUUAAAUUUCUCACAUAUUUGGUUAAAAA